UUUGGAAUUCACUUUAAAUCCCCCAACAUUGACACUUUAGUAAAGAAGUUUGUGAAUGGUCUUUGUUUCUCCAACCUUGACAUAAUAAAGUGGUAAUGUAUGCGCCCUCUUUUUUUAAAACAGACGAUGCAGUCACAGGAAGCCCCUGGAGUCCAGUAUAGUCGGUGGAAUGACCAAAACCAAGAUGAAGUGAGUGUGACCACAUCUUCCUCUGAGGCCCCAACAUGGAGAAGGUAAAGUUACCGAGCAAAGGCUUGAUUUAAUUAUGAAAUCAAAGAUAUUUUAAAUAGUUCCUGUUUGUUUGUUUGUUUGUUUGUUUAUAGAAAAUCACAGCAAUAGCUCUACCUGCACCUAUCAGAGAACAGAAAGCAUAAAUGGCAAUUUGUACAUUUGAAUAAAUUAUUAUGCAAAAUACAGAUUAAGGAGCAGUGCUGAAUCUGUAUCUUGUGUAAAUUAUGGUCUUUACAGCAAUACCACUGUUGAGAAAUGUAUAUUCCGGGUGUGCCCUAAAUUCCCCUUUGUUCUUUGUGUUAUUAUACUCCGAGCAGGACAGACCACAGACCAACCUGAAAAGGAAACUUUAGUCACCUAAACAACUUUAGCUUAAUGAAGCAAUUCUGGUGUAUAGAUCUCUACAGUCUCACUGAUCAAUUCUCUGCUAUUUACGAAUUAAAUCACUUUGUUCAUCCAGACCUGUUCACACGUCCAUGUUUCUGACUUACACAGUCUUCCUAAACACUUCCUGUAAAGAGUCAUCUAAUGUUUAUUCUUCCUUUAUUGUAAAUUCUGUUUCAUUUAGAAUUUCUUAUCCCCUGCUCUGUUAAUAAUUUGCCAGACCCAGCAGGAGCCUCCUGUGUGUGAUUAAAGUUCAAUUUACAGAGCAGGAGAUAAAAGAACUUAAACUAAGUUACAUCUGAUGAAAUGAAGCCGUUUUUUGUCAUUCAGGCUGUGUCAGUCACAGCCAGGGGAGGUGUGACUGGGGCUGCAUAAACAGAAACAAAAGUGAUUUAACUCCUAAAUGGCAGUGAAUUGAGCAGUGAAACUUCAGAGGCAUGAUCUAUACACAAAAACUGCUUCAUUAAGCUAAAGUUGUUUUGGUGACUAUAGUGUCCCUUUAAAAUACCAGAAGUGUCUAGAGUGCUAAACAAUAUUACCGACUUAAAACAAGCAAACAAAUUUGAAUGCUGCACAAACUAAAAGUUUAUAAAACAAGGUGACAAGUUCAACUCAUUAUUUUUGUUUUAUUUUUAGGGUCUGGAACAUGCUGUGUACGGGCAAGAUUGGCAUUGUAGUGAAAGUGAUAGGGGGAUUGGCAUUCUUUUGGAUUGUUUUUAUCAUUGGAUAUGUCACCGGUUACUAUGUCCAUAAAUGCAAACAGCAGUGACAUGCCUAUCAGAUUUUUUUUGUAUGAACUAUUUCCUCAAACUGAAAGCCCUGGACUAUCACAGAAGAAUGAAACUUCUAAUAAGGAAACUCUUAUGGAACAACAACCUGCAGAACAACUAGAAACAAUAUAAAGGGUGGAACAGAAAAGAAAACCACAGAUACUUUAUAAAUUCAAAUACAUGUGAAUGUCAAUCAAUGUAAGAUGACUCCAACAUAAUAUUCAGACUAUUACACAUAAAACCAGGCGUGUUUUGUACAUAACAAGUGUUAUGAAACUACAGAUUGAUAUUGAUAUUCUGUUUGUCAAAUGGUACAUGUUUCCAAUUCUAUCAUUUAAUGUAUUUUAAAUCAAAUUUCUCAGAAUUUGAUACAUGAAUUGAUCUUGAUAACUAGGGACUUUAAUGACAAUUUAAAGUCAAAAUCAUAAAUUUGGUAGGCAAAUGUUGACAUCAAAAAUAUUUCAUUGGGGAACGGUAAGAAUGACUGAAUUAAAAUAAAACUUAUGAGUUAAUAAUUAAGUAAAAAUCUAUGCAUAUAGAUUAAUAAUAAUAAUAUAAUAAAGAUAUGCGGCCCACAAACAAUAGACUAAAAAGAGUUAUUUUUAUUUAAAAUGUAUUCGUAAACAAAAAGAGAAAUUAUAAUAAUAUAUAGCAUACAUAGUGAAUACAAUAAGAUAUAUAAUAGCAAAUAAACAUUCUCCCUACGCUUUAUAUUGUAUAAGAUUUAUUGAUGUUUAACUCUUUAAGAAUGACCUGCAAAAUAGAUCCAGAUCUGAAAUCCUACUGAUAUUUCAGUGGAAAUGUUCUUUGUUAAAAGGUUUUUUUGGGGAAAGACUUAUUGACGUCACAUUCAAAAUAGAGCAUGGUGGGGUGGAGUCGUGCACCUGUGCAGUGAAGUCAGAAAUGGUGGUGGAAAAUGUGGAGUGAUAACAGACAGACCUAUAAAUUCAUUGAAAACAGGAAAACGAAUCAGCCUCUAAGAAAGUCUGAUGUAGUGAAUGAAACAUAAAGUUUUUAAGCAAGGCUACAAACAAGUCGACAUGUGGAAGAGGUUCCUUGUGGGUGCCCAUUUGCCUUGACCACAAACAUCUAGAGAAAUCCAGAGGAACUUUAAAAGGACAUAGUGUCUUCAGUGGAUUCGAGAUGUAUAAACGAGGUGGAGUUUGGGUGGAACUACCGAGCAACUGUGACAACAGCUCUUUUGUGCAGUUAUGUUAUUUUGCAAGUUGCCUUGUCUGAAAAGGGUUUAUUAAAUUUGUAUGCUAAGUUGCGAUGAUAAAAUCUUUUUUUUUUUGUUUUAACUUACAUGUUUUUAUACAAACAAUUAGAUAACUAUUCACUCGGUGUAUACCAUAUGUAAUGUGUACAUACUACACUUUCCAAUCUAAUGCCCCUGUUUCCACUUAUAUUUGUGUUCUAUACACUAAUCAAAGAUGUGAGUAAGGGGGUGACAUUUGAAUCAUGUAUUACCUGGGCUUAUUUCAAUUUUAUAAAUUUUAAAUGCCUUGUUGUUCAUCAAUCGACAUGAAGGCAAAUUACGGUGUCAUGGAAAGAUCAUUGUAAAUUUGCAACAUGUGAUGCUGUGAUGCAUGGGUCAACGAAUCACCUGGAAUUUUUUUAUAAUGGUUCUAUCUAGAAUAUUGUUCUUUAGUUCAGUGAAACAGGAGUUGAAAUGUGCACUGCCAUGCAUGAAUGGUUUAUUAACCAUUAAGCACACUAGAGGGAAAUCAAGAUUCGAGACCACUUUGAUGCCCCUGAGCCUUCAUAGCUUGCCACCACCGAGGGAACAAUGAAUUCAAAAUCGUAUGUAAGAAAUUUUACACAAGUAUAAAAAUGUAGGAGCUGGUCAUGUGAAGCUUUGUAGACAGUAGGAGAGAUUUACCAAAGUGAAAAGUGAAGCAAAAUGGUAAAAGUGGAAUAGUCAUUAAUAAAAUACUGUGUUUCAAUCGAUUGCAUUGGUUUCCAUGGUGACCGCCUCACCUUUGGUACUUUGCCCCUACUUUACAGAGCACAGUACUUUGAUAAAUCUCUCCAGUGACUGAAAACACUGGAGUAAAUCAACAACAGAAUGGCUCUCACAGAAGAGUUAAGGGUCGGGACUUUUCACAAAAUAAUUGAAUUAACAUUACAUCCUCAGCUCCUGUGAGAGGAAGUUGACUGCUGUUCAUCAUUCUUGUACUCUCAUGUAUGGACAAGAGUACAAAACAGAGGUUUAUGGAAGAUCAUGCAACAGAUCUGCUCUUUCAUGGGAAGUGGGAUGUUAUUCUCAUCUAUUGAGCAUCUAAUGAGAUACUGGAGCUGAAGUUAAGAAAGUGCUACUAAGAAGGUUUCUUAAAGCCACAAAAUGCAUAUGCGUAACCCUCUAUCUGGUCCUCUACCUCUCCCUAUUUGCUGCUGUGUUGUACUUCAUUUAAACUAUAAGAGAGUAAAGGAUAUAUAUUCGCUGAGUGGGGCCCUGUUUUUACUCAUUGGGAAACUGAUAAUCUUGGCCAUACGGGCUCUUGUCAGAGGUUACUUGUUCCU